UAAUGAAAUUACCGAGAAUAAAAUAGUUGUUACCAAAAAUAAAUAAAUAAAUUAAUAAGACGUUGAAUAUGACUGUAGUCUAGACAAGAUAAAAAAUUGAAUGCUUGGAAAUGAUUUCCCACCAAAUUGAGUUACACUUCCAACGUUCGAAAACUAUUAUUCAUAUUCUCCAACUUCAUAUCAUUCUCUGUUCAUCGAAACAGCCCAAUAUCUCUCCAAUUCACACGUACCAUCUUCCAUAAUUCUCCCAUUAGUCCAUCAAUCUUCGCAUGGAACACGAUGAUGAGAGCAUAUUCCAUGGAAGUAGAGUCUUUGAAGCUCUUUGAAGAGUUCCAUGAAAUUGUACUAAAGGUUUGUGGGCAUUAUUUGAUCAUUGGAACGGGUGGGUCAUUGCAUUUGAUGGCUGUGAAGUCGGGUUUCGGUUCAGGUUUACAUGUAAACAGUACCCUUGUAAGGAUGUAUGCAGUAUUUGGGUUGAUCAGGUUUGCAAGACAACUGUUUGAUGAAAUGGUUGAGAUGGAUAUAGUUUCUAGGAGUUCUAUGAUGGCUGCUUAUUUCAUUGGAUUAAAUUGGUGGGAAAAUGAAGAAAUUUAAAGCUAAAACAAAUUAAAAAUGGAAGGUUGAAGAAGGAAAUGAAGCAGGUAGCUUAAUAGAAAAACUGAAUAAAAUAAUAUAUUUAUAUUCAAAUGCAUAUUACUGCUCCGAAUUGCAAAACAAUUCACAAAAAAGUUGCAGCCUGCCACGUGGUAUUCUCUGAAUGCACUGGUCAAUCCAUUCACGCGACACUACACGCGGAAAGAAAAAAAGGAAAAAAGCACUUCGAUUCUUUUUGGUUUUGGAUUCCUAAUUUGUUUGGACUCAAUUAUUUUAUUUAGGGUUUUCUACAUCUAUAAAUACGGCAUGGAAAAUUAUUAUUGAGGAAGCCAAGAAAUAAGAUACAAGACAUAAUAUAAAUUUUCUUCUAUCUUUGGAGUUUUGUAAGAGCCGUCGUGAAGACUGUAGAAUUGUGAUUUAUUCUUUCUUCUCCUUUAUUAUUUAUUUUUAUUCGUGAUUAAUAAAAAUAUAGUUUACCGAUUGUUCUUAACUUUUUAUGAUUAAUACAAACAUAUUUAUUUUAAUAAAUUUUGAUUAUGUUUUUGAGAUAAUGAGUAGCUAAGCUUAACAACUAGGUUUGUGGGAACCAUGAGUGAUUAACAAUGUA